AUGGCGCCACCCACGUGUGCAAGUUGUUUACAAAAUGACAUUAUAUGAUCAAACCAGCAUAUAGUAAGACAAGAUUCGAGUGCACUUUGCCGGACCCGUGCAUUUUUUCGGAUAGCGAACCCAUGACCUACCUCACAACUAACCCCAUGGAUGUCUAGGUGCCUAACCCUAAGCGUGGCGAAGUGGUGUUUUGAUGGGAUAGGUGUACCAAAUUCACGCUAUCAUAAAUGGGUCAUCAUGGCGACUCGGCAGUCCAAGGGAGAGAAUUCUGGCAAAGUAGAUACUGAUACCCUCUGUGCAUCUCUCCUGCCUGUGAAUAAUUCCAAGGACUAUCUGAUUUCCUUAAAAGAUGUUUUGAAGACAUUCAAAGAAAAUGUUGCACUUCUGGAAAGGGAACAAAUUGUGAAGACACUGGUUGAAGUGUAUUUCGAAUGUGGACCAAAGUUUUCAGCCAAGAGAAUUCUUGCAAGCUUCCUGCAGGGCCUGGCUCCCGAGGUGGGAGACCGGUAUCAGACUGAGCUGCAGAUGCAACUUCAGGCCCGAAUUGAUGCCUCCCUAAAACUCCUCACAGAUUCUGAUAUUGUUAGGAGCUUAGUGGAAGGGAUAAACUCUCUGAUGGAGAACUUCCGACUGGGAGAAGCAUGUUUGAAAGAAACCAGGAUGCCAGCCCUCAACUUCUUGUCUCAUGCUUUGCAAAGUUUUGUUGAUGCCUCUCACCGAAAUUCCUCCCCAGUGGAAAGGAACAAAACAAUGCAUCACUGUCUGGCCACAAUCAAAACUGCCAAUCGCCUGAUUCAGAAGUGUUUUGUGGAGGCGUCUGUGGACCCCUGUCCUGACUCAGUGCAGGUCAUGGCUGCCAGGUUUCUGCAGGGAGGCCUCCAGAUUCUCCAGCAGGAUGACUUUUUGACGGACUGCCGUUGUGGUGUUGGAAUGGUCAUGGUUCUGGUGUUGAAGUUGUCUCUGGGGAAACGGUACAUUCAUAUUCUCCUGCAAUCAAUAUUCAAGACAGAUGUCUCAAGCCAGGAGGAGAUAACUCCAACUCCACCACCCCAGAUAUCAGUUGAUUUUGGAGUAAUCCAUAACCUGUCCCUGACAUCCACUCUCUGCCUGUAUUUUGGUCUCCUCGCCAUGGUGGAUGCUGCUGAUGCAGUCCUUCCACUUGUAACCGAAGGAUGGAUACUGACUAGUGUGUUCCUGGAUCAGUUCAUGGCUCUGGCUCCAAGGUGUGAGGAGACUGGCAGCAAGGUGCUUCUGGCUAAAGCUGUCACACUAUGGACCACCAGAACCUGCACCAUAUUAGAGAGUGGCGUGUGUCCAAGAGAUCUCACAGCUUGUCUGAGAGGAGAUGGUCACGUGAUCAGCAGUGUUCUUGGAUACGUGUGGACAACAUGGGAUGAUCAGUUAGAUGCUUUGAGGCAGAAUGCCAGGAUUACAUUUGAAAACUGCCUGAAGAUUCACCUGCUGGCAGCAAACUCAGACCCGAAACAGGAUGAGUUUCUCUGCAAGUCUACCCUGAAGCUGCUGGACGUCACAUGGAACAACAAGGGCAAGUAUGGCUGUCUUGGAGCUGUUGUCGCCAUAUUGGCUUCUGCCCUAUUGGAGAUGAACCCUGGGAUAGCAGCAGAGUUGCUGUCUCAGCUGAAUGAACAGUCCUUGGCAUGUUAUGCCAGUGACCUGUAUGAGAAGUUCUUCAAGACCAGUCAUGCUGAGCUAGUCGUGAAGGAAUCCACCAGUCACAGUGCAGGUCUGAGCACCUGGCUGUCUACAUGGGUUGACCCUGUCAUCCACACUCUCUGUCAGGACAACAAACGACUGAAGCUUCACGUCAUCGAGUAUGUGUUGCCCCGAUUGUUGAAGUUCAGUAGGGCGUCUCUCAACUAUAUGAUCAGCACGCUGUCCACUACAGAUGGGCAGUCGAGGGGACAGAUUGGUGCCCUGGUGAUGUGUAUCCGGAGAGCCCGAGCCCUGGGGCUUCUCAACUCCCCCAGAACGCCUUCUACAGGAAGGGGAGAUAAUCCAGAGAUGUGGUACGGCCUGGUUAGUGCUGAUGUCCUGAAAUAUGCUCUCACGUGUGGUGAUGAACAGGUUCGAUUGGAUGCCUUUGCCUUGUUGUGUGAAAACCUGAAGACUACAGAGCCAAUCACUGAGUUGGAAUUGUCUUUGCUGCGAUACUUCCUGCCUCUCAACCUUAACAACCAAUCACCAGCCUUUAGGCAGUAUCUGCUAGCUUAUCUGCACAAGUUGUUAGGGAGACUGAAGGAGAGUGGCGCCACACUGACCCGCCUGGCUGGCCGGAACAAACAGACACCUGAGUCUCAGAAGGCCUCUGAGAUACUGGAGUCUUACAUGUCCUUCCUUCACUGGCUACAGUCACACCUGUUCAGGAACCUCCAUCCAGGAUCAGCCUUUGCAAGGCGCUUGACCAGUCUGGCUGGUCUUGUCCUCCUCAUAGAGGUCUUCCCUCAUAAAGAUGACAAGGAGCUGUUCCAGUUCACAUCCCAAGUUGAUGCCAGCCAUAUCAAUACAUUGAUGGAAUGCCUCACAGACACAUUCGAGGAAAACAAGGUUGCUGCAGUUAGAGUCCUGACAUUUUGCUUCAACCAUGGGUUUAGUUUGCAGACCAAGUCUCAGGGGAGCCUGUUCUCUGCUGCCAUGGAGCUGUCAUGGAGCACCAAGCCUCAUGACUGUACGACUGGGUCCCACAUCUUCCAGGUCCUGCUACAACAACCAGAUGUAGUACUGGUCAUGAAGGCAUAUGUCCUUGACCUUAAAGUUUUGUCAGCACCGGAGAGUAACCAGACAACAUAUUGCUGUCCUGAGUUGAUGUUGCUGAAGAUGUUGUUGCUGUCGCUCAGGGAUCAAACUGCUGUUGCCAGGACGAAUUUGAUUGUUGCGGCAGCCAAUCGACCGAUGUAUCCCACGAUGCAUUGUAUUCGCCACAUUCUAUCUGAUGUAGAUUUAAGAAAUAUUCCAGACAACAUUCUCCCUCACUGGAGACAUUUCAUGGAAGAGCUGAUAGAAGCUUGUCUCGAGUUGGCUGGAGUAGUCUCCCCUGUUGUACAGGACUCCUCACCAGAGGGCAAUGUCCCAACUGAGGCCAUCAUGGGUCCUGGUCUGAAUGUUGAUGCUGUUACGCAGUCAGAAGAGGAGAAGAAGCUGCUGCUGGAGACUGCGGAGAGUGAGAAGAUGGUGACGUUGAUGCCAGAGUAUCUGGUGGUGUGUUGCUGGCGUAGCAUCAAGGAGGUCUCUCUCAUCCUGGGGCAGAUCUGUCUCCAGGCAACAGUCGGCAACACUGGUCUCAUCAGCCCUCAGCAGGUCCUGGAUCUGGGUAGCUACUUCACCACCCAACUGUUGGAGUCGAAACACAGGGGAGCUUUCGAGUUGGCCUAUGCAGGAUUUGUCAAGAUGUGUGAAAUGUUGUGGAGACAUGCAAGUGUCGACCUUCACAGCCUGCCGAAGAGAUGGUUGGAGGAGGUCAUGUGCGACAUCAUCAGUGACGACCCCAAUUCCCGGCUGUGUGCAACUCGGCGCAGUGCAGGGGUGCCGUUCUAUGUACAGGCCCUCGUGACGACUGAGCCAACGUCGACAGGUAGAGCGUGUUUCAAGUCAGCCAUGACACGUCUGCUGAUGCUUGCUCUCACACAAAGCAAUAGGACACAGAUGAACAAUUCUCAGGUUCACUCACUAAACAUCCUGCGUGCAUUGUUUCGGGACACACGGCUCGGGGAGGAUGUUGUUCCCUACAUAGCAGACGGACUCAAGGCAGCCAUCUUAGGAUUCAAGUCACAAGUUUGGGCGGUUCGUAACUCAUCCACCCUGCUACUGAGUGCUCUGAUGACGAGGAUAUUUGGUGUGAAGAGAAGCAAGGAUGAGAAUGCCAUUUCCAAGAAGAACUGUCAGACAGGACGUGCUUUCUUCCAUCGAUACCCUUCUCUGUAUCAGUUCCUGUUGUCAGAGCUUGAUGAGGCUACACAGGACAUAGACUGUAGGGAGAGACUACACCUACACCCCAGCCUCUACCCGGUGCUCAUGGUGUUGGGACGACUCUUCCCGUCCUCACUAGAGGGCGCUGACACACAUCUCAACUUGGCUGCAUUCAUUCCGUUUGUGUUGAAAUGUGCCUCAAGUCCAGUGUUCAAGACAAGAUUGAUGGCUGCCCGAGCUCUACAACCUUUGGCUAUAAAGGAUCAGAUGACCUCCCUACUCUUGCAGCUGGUUGCUAGGUUACCACAGGAAACAGCCAAUGACAUGAGGCAAAGCCACAUACAUGGCGUUCUCCUUCAGAUGGAGCACCUGUUGGUUCUGGUCCCGAACAUGAACACCGCAGCCAGGGAGGAGAUUAUGGUAGCCAUGCUGCCGCUGGUUGGAUGUUUCAUGGCUGACUACCAGGUAAGCAGCACACUAACUUUGUCUAACAACUGUGUCGUCACCAGGAAGGUUGCACUAGAGAUUUGUGACCACCUUCUGGAUACUGGCCAAAACAUGGAUGAAGUAAAGCACAACACAGAUAAACUCCUGCACCUAGUUCAGUUGGUAUUAAAACAGGAACUAUUAGAGAAAUGUCAGUAUUCUAGUCAUACCCCUGCUCUUUCAGAAUUCACCUCAACUUUUGCUCACCUGUGUCUGAAACAUUGCCAUGAAAUGGACAGUCUGACAUGGCAGACAACCAACAGUAACAUGGAGUGUAAUGUGAUAGCAUGUAGUCAAGGUCAAGGCCAGGGAGGUGAAGGUCAGAUAUGUCAAGAUGUCAAAGGUCAAGGACAGUCCAAAGUGGAUGCAUAUGCAGGAUUAUGUUGUGAAGAGAAUGUGAUUAUCAGUCUUCUUGGAUCUGACAUGUAUGAGGUUAGACUAUCAGUGCUGAGGCCAUUGUGCAGGAGUUUCAGCCAACUGUCCGGCUGGAGGGGUAUACUCAGCGAUGGGGAGAGGGAAGGAGAACAUGUAGGGAUGACAGCAGACAUUGUAGAGAGACUCGGAAGGUCAGAUCCAGUGUACAGGAAGUUGCUGGACAUGGCAUUGGUGUCCGAGUGGCAUCAUGAGUGUCUAGCGAUGGUGUACGAAGUUUUGUACGUCACUUCAUCAAUCCACACUACUGUCCAGACAACUGAUGUCAAGACCUUUAAGCUGAUAGUGGAAAAGAUGAAGCUGGAAGCAAGAGUGGAAGUGAAGGCGGCCAUGUUGGAGUUCUCUGGUGUCUUUGUACCAACAGUUUACAACCUUGUGGCCCAGUCCAAGGCUGCUGAUGUUGCUGCAGUCAUGGAAGAUUGGUGCAGAGUGUUCCAGGAGUGCAGUCAGACAGGACAGAGUGCCGACCUCCAGCUCUGCUGUGCAUCUGUGCUACAGCAGUACGUUGUCCUCCUGCUGCUGGAUCCUCAACAUCUCCUGUGUCAGCUUACAUUUGACAUGUGGGAGGUAGCCAUUGACCUUCUACAAGAGGAUGACCUGGAUGUAAAGGAAACAGCAGCCUUGGUCCUCCCAGCCCUCGACAGCACACAGGCUUAUGACGACCUUCAGCCAACCUUGGUAUUGGAGAGGCUGAUGGCCCUAUUGAGUGACCACCAUGGUGCCGGGAUGUUGUUGGGUGCGUAACGGCAUUGACAAGAUGGAUCACAGAAAGCAGGGAGGAAGAACAGAAUGAGGGUGUCCGUCUGUUUGACAAAGGAGAGAUGAAUUCAUACAGAGAAGACAUCUUGUUGGUGGACCUGUGUUGUAGCCACCUCCACCAUCUGCUCUCAAGGGAGACAACUCGUGAUUACACACAGGAGUUGUUGCCGAUCCUUUCAGCUGCCUUACAGAAUCAGAUCAAACAGAUUUCAUCAUUGAAGCAAGUGGACAGGAAGACAUUAUUUGUGGAGACAGGGGAUUAUCAAAACCAGUAUGAGACUGUGUAUAGAUCAGCUGCACUGCUGAGAUGUGCUGGGAAACUUGCUGAGUGUGACCCAUUACAACCACUUUGUGAUCAACUACAUUCCUUAAUUCAAGAUAAAUUUGAAAAAGACUAUCAGAAUUAUAGACUCAGCCAGUUGUGUAAUGCAUAGGACACGAGUUAGAUGGGUGGGUGAUAGGGAGAGGAUCUGUUAUUUAUUCUUUUAUAGAAAGACAAAAGAAAGGUUAUGUCAUCAUGGUAUUUUAAAUGUUUUAGACUUGCCUUGUACAUCUAGAUUAUGGAGCAAAUGUGUUUGGAUAAGCUUCGGAAUACUUGCAGUGAUGUCAUCUGUCACAAUUUAAAAUGGAUGUUUCUUCUGUUUUUCAUCUUGUAAAAAAAACUAGAGGAAUAAAAUGCUAUAGGUGUGA